AUGUCUUCAUCACAGGAUUCUUCAGACUGGACAAGAGUCGUGCGCAAGGGGCGCAAGAACAGACGAAAAAAUGCGGAAUCUCACUCAUCGAGACACGUAAAGCCUCGUACAGAAGGUCUUAGGGAUCCGGAGGAUUUGGAGAAGGAUUACAAGCAGCAUCGGAAGAGAUGGGAGGAGGAAGCGUAUUCUUAUCCUCGUCUUCGGGAACUUGUCAAGGCGAAAGCGUCGCAUUUGACGGGGAUUGAUAAAGCGGUUCAUUUGGGCGUUGGAACGUUUGAUCCGAAUGAUGGGCUCAAUCUUGAUGGCAAGAGAUCUACGUUUGCGCAACUUGCGGCUUUUGAGAUUAUGGUUGAAGAACUUGAGAAAAUUACGGGCGGAAAGAUUGAGACGUUCUUCCAAGACCCAGCCUUCAACGCCUCCGACAAAAAGUUUCUUGAGAAUAUCGGUCAUACCGUUCUUGACGAUCCGAAGGGUACGCAGAUGGUUGAUGAGAAGACGCUCUUCUUUGGUGUUCAUCUUUAUAGGCCUGUUUAUAACUAUGCGCUGAAGGGUGAACUUCCUGCGCUGUUUGUUGGGACCGGUUUUGAAGAUUGGGGAGAUAUCUUUGCAGAUGAGCAUAUUGAGAACGUGGAGAGGAUGCACAAGGCGUAUGAACGGUGUGAUUUUCCGCAGGAGAGGCUUGAUUGUGCGUUUUCGACUACGAGUAUUUAUUGGAAGCCUAAGAGUGAGGAGGAGGGUAAAGGGAAGGGGAUUGUGAUUGAAGAGGUUGAGAUUGAGAAGGAUGAUGAGAAUGGUGAGGAUAAGAAGGGCGGGGAUGAAGAAGAGGAGCUGGCGAAGAAGCUUGAGGCUACUACUAUUAAUUAA